AUGCGAAUAAGCUCGUCGUGUCAUAAAACUGCGUCCGUUAUCUUUAAUCGUUUGCUUAGUUGCCGCAUUAGUCAUAUUUGUGAUAAUAAUUAUUUCUCCUUUGAAAUACAACGAGCCCACUGCUCACAAUCAGUUAGAUUUUCACGACACUGUUUGUGUUUAUUUAAAAAAGUAAACCAACCGACUUUAUUAAUAAAUUAUUAUUUUUACCCUUUAUUCUCACAGCCCGUCAAAAUGGUCUGGAUUACAGCUGAUGAUAAGAUGGAAGGUGAAUCUAGCUUACGAGUCCAGAACUCCCAAAAUCAUUUGGACCACAUCUGCAAACUGGAUAUUGGUGUCCCUGCGCCCUUUUACCGGCUCUCAGGAAUCAUCUGUACCAUCGGACCAGUCUCGCGAUCAGUCGAGAUGCUGGAGAAGAUGAUUGAGACCGGUAUGAACAUCGCGAGAAUGAAUUUCUCCCAUGGUUCCCAUGAGUACCACGCCGAGACAAUUAAAAAUGUAAGACAGGCGCAGAAAAAUUUGUCCGAGCGCAACAAGAUGAACGUCCCAGUCGCUAUUGCUUUGGAUACUAAGGGUCCAGAAAUCCGAACUGGUCUCCUUGAAGGCGGUGGUUCAGCAGAAGUUGAAUUGAAAAAAGGACAAACAUUCAAACUUACCACAGACAAAGCUUUCGGUGAAAAAGGAAAUGCUGAGGUCGUGUGGGUUGACUACGUUAAUAUAUCAAAGGUAUUGAAAGUCGGUAACCGAGUAUUUGUUGACGAUGGUCUCAUUUCUUUGAUAGUCACUGAAGUCGUUGCCGAUGGAAUCGUUACCAAAGUUGAAAACGGUGGAACGCUAGGAUCACGUAAGGGUGUCAACCUUCCUGGAGUACCAGUUGAUCUUCCAGCAGUAUCAGAAAAAGACAAGGCUGACUUGCAGUUCGGUGUUGAUCAGGAAGUAGACAUGAUCUUCGCAUCGUUCAUUCGUAAUGCUGCUGCGUUGACUGAAAUUCGCGCUAUUUUGGGCGAAAAAGGAAAAAACAUCAAAAUCAUCUCCAAGAUUGAGAAUCAGCAGGGUAUGACCAAUCUGGAUGAGAUCAUCGAGGCUUCCGAUGGAAUAAUGGUCGCUCGUGGUGAUUUGGGAAUUGAAAUCCCCCCGGAGAAAGUUUUCCUUGCCCAAAAGUGCAUGAUCAGUAGAUGCAACAAGGUCGGAAAACCUGUUAUCUGUGCCACACAGAUGUUGGAGUCCAUGGUCAAGAAGCCACGUGCAACAAGAGCUGAGACAUCAGAUGUUGCCAACGCUGUUCUCGAUGGUGCUGAUUGUGUCAUGCUUUCAGGAGAGACGGCUAAGGGAGAUUAUCCUCUGGAGUGUGUCCGCACAAUGGCCAACAUCUGCAAAGAAGCAGAGUCUGCCAUUUGGCACAACCAGUUGUUUGCCGACUUGUCAUCCAAGGCAGUAGCGCCAAUUGACGCUACCCAUGCUGUAGCGAUCGCCGCAGUUGAAGCUUCUGCCAAAUGUUUGGCUACUGCGAUUAUUGUAAUUACAACAAGCGGUCGCUCAGCUCAUCUCAUCUCCAAGUACCGACCACGGUGCCCAAUAAUUGCCGUGACUAGGUUCCAUCAAGUCGCACGUCAAGCUCAUUUGUACAGAGGAAUUUUGCCUCUUCUUCACACUGAAGCACCUGUGGCUGAUUGGUUGAAGGACGUUGACGCUCGCGUCCAAUACGGUAUGACCUUUGGUAAAAGCCGUGGAUUCCUGAAGACCGGUGACACCGUUAUUGUAGUAACUGGAUGGCAACAAGGCUCCGGUUACACAAAUACACUUCGUAUUGUGUACGUAGAUGAGGAUUUAGCUUUUGACCAUACUCCAACUCCAAUCAUAAUGAAAUUAGAGUCGCAAAUUGUACUACCGGAGCGUCAAUUGGAUGCUGCAUAUCAAUGUACUCGAAUCGAUCAUGAAAUUAAAUUGAAUAUCAACUGCAAACCCUCACCCGCACGACUCACCAGAAUCAUCAUCACCCUCAGCGAUAAUAAUGUCCAAAUUGAGGAUAUUGCGAAAGUAAUCAAUAAUGUCGACAUAGUACGAUUGAACGUGUCUCACGGCGAUGAAAAUUGGCAUCGGAAAGCGGUUAACAAUUUACUGGAAGCCUCUGAACAAUUAAGUACUCAACUGGAAACCUUUAAUCCUCCAUCAGUGGCUCUUGAUCUACGUGGGCCUGAAAUACGAGCUAAAAUAUUUAAUGAUAACUCCAAUUCAACCGGUAACACCACACUUGUAAAGGGCAGUGACGUAAGUCUAUUAGCGGACAGUAAAAAUAAACCUAGUGGAAAAUCUUCAAGCCUCUGGACAUCUUGCCCAGAAUUACCAAAAGCGUCACAAGUUGGAAUAUCUGAGAAAGACGAUGCAGACAUUGAUCUUGCACUUGAACUCGAGUGUCAUUUUUUAAUAGUCUCGCACGUGCGAACCAGUAAAACGAUUUCUGCUGUGAAGAAGCGCAUUGAAGAGUCGAGUACUACUCAUCAAAUUUGUACGCUCGCUAAAAUAUCUUCGUCUCAGGGUGUUGAUAAUUUUGACGACAUUCUACGAGUGGCUGACGGCGUGGUGAUUGACAGAGAGGGUCUUCAAGUGGACAUUGGAUCCGAGAAAAUAUUCCUAGCCCAAAAAUCAAUGAUUGCCAAGUGUGUUCGAGUUGGUAAGCCGGCAAUAUUAACCCAUCGCGUGUCAACAACCGACGAUAGAGUGAAACUGGACCUCGACCUUCUGGCAAAUGCAAUUCUCGAGGGUGUUGACGGUAUUUUUUUAGCCACCGGUUCUGUUGUUGAUAUGAAUGAACUUGUAAAAGUUAUCGAGGACGUCGACCUUGUGUGCCGAGAGGCGGAAUCCGCGAGAUGGCAAAGACAAAUUUUUCACGAGCUCAGUUACAAGAUUACAAUCCCAACUGACUCAACCCACGGGGUUGUUAUUGCCGCAGUGGAGCUGUCAAUGAAGCUAAAUACAUCGGGAAUUAUUGUUACCACAACUACCGGGAGAGCUGCAAUGCUUCUGUCUAUUUAUCGACCACGGUGUCCUGUAGUUGCUGUAACGCGGCAUCGAAUUAUUUCUCAAUGCCUGAGAAUUUAUUUUGCCAUUCAUCCUAUUCACUACACCUGUGAAACAAAUUCAAAUUGGAGUGAGGACAUUGAGGCGAGAGUUAAAUGCGGUAUGAAUUACCUUCGUCAGUCAAGUUUUGUUAAAGUGGGCGAUCCAGUGGUGGUCGUAGGGGGAUGGCGUACUCACGAUCAAGGAUUUACUAAUUCCAUUCGUGUGGUCUAUGUUUCACUGCCACCAAUUACGAGCAUCGGUGAUGAUUUUGAGGAAGCUUGGUGA